CUGGCCAGGCAAAAGCUUCCCUGUAUGCUCCCACAGACACUGCACUGUCUUUAAAAGGCACACAGAGCAGCCAGAGCUGCCGAGAGGCUGAGACAAACUCAGGAACUGGCAGCUCUCAAGCUGAAGCCGGCAACCUCGCCCCUCGACAUGAAGGUCUCUGCAGUGCUCCUGUGUCUGCUGCUCACAGCCACCCUCUGCAGCAUCCAGGUGUUGGCUCAGCCAGCUUCUAUUCCAACCAUCUGCUGCUUUAAUAUGUCUAAAAAGAAGAUCUCCAUUCAGCGACUGCAGAGCUACAGAAAAAUCACGAGCAGCAAAUGUCCUCAGAAAGCUGUGAUAUUCAACACCAAACAGAACAAGAAAAUCUGUGUUGAUCCCCAGGAGAAGUGGGUCCAGAAUGCCAUGGAGUACCUGAACCAAAAAUCCCAAACUUUAAAGUCAUAAAUAUUCACCUUUUAAAAAAAAAAUAUUCACCUUUUAAAGAGCCUCAAAAGGCUUGGUUCACUUUUCGGUUCUUCCUAAGAUGUAUUCUGAGAUAAUCACAACUUCAUUCUAAAAGUAAUGGCUUUUAUUUAAUAAUGAAACAUGCAUGUUUUAUUUAAAACAUACUCCAUUUAAGUUAUUAAAGCUUUUAAAAGUUCUCCACCAUUAAUUUUUUGCUAUUUUUAAAAUGGAAAGCUUUGGUUGGCUCCCUUUCCUUCAGUGAACCCCAAUUUAAUCCCCUGCAAAGGAUGAGGAAUGUUGUCUCUUUCCCCCUUACCUCCCUGGAAUCUUGUAAGGGUCCUGGCAAGGAUCAUCAAAAGGACAGUGUUUUGUAUUUUUAAGAAGAUGUCGCUCAAGGAAAGAGUGGGAUGAAUUGAGAGAAUAGCAUGGAAACAUGUACAUUACCAUAUGCAAAAUAGAUAGCAAGUGAGAAUUUGCUGUGUAGAACAGGGAACUCAACCCAGGGUUCUGUGACAACCUAGAGGGGUAUGAUGGGCUGGGAGACGGGAGGGGAGUUCAGGACGGAGGGGGCAUGUGUAUACCUGUGGCUGAUUCAUGUUGAUGUGUGACAGAGGCCAACACAGUAUUGUAGAACAAUCAUCCUCCAAUCAUUGCAUUUUGUUCUAUAUUUCUCAAUAUUCUACAAUGAUAAUCUCUGAUAAUUAAAAAAAAAAAGAAGAAGACAUCACUCUUGUAAAGCAAAGGUUUAUGAGACUCAUAAAUGUUAAAUGGAAAUGCAUGUUAUUUUAGGAAUUUAUAAAAAUACAUUUUUAUUACA